AUGCCGCUUGAUGGGCAGUCUGCACAAAAUCUCUUAGAAGUUGUUCAUGCGGACUUUCCGUGGUACUCAGAUCUUGAUUCCAUCUGGCAUAACAAUCCCUCCAUGGCGGCAAAGACUUACUCAUCUCAGCCGGGCAUUGAUCACGCUGGGACUGGUCCCUCACUCAAUUUGGCGCCACUGCUGGGGCUGGUUCCUCCAUACCUGGCUGCUCAGUCCUCCCGCAGAUAUCCGCCCCCCAACAUGUGCCCGCCCCCCCAAUGUGUGUCCGCCCCCCAACACAUAUCUGCCCCCCUCCACAUAUCCACCGACCUCAUCCGUCAACGAGCCAUCGAAUGCGAACGUUCCCAUGAGGCGUCCCAGAACGUCUAG